AUUGGAUGUUUUGAAAAUCCACGCAAGCAAAGUGAAAAUGUCAGAGUCUGUUGAUUUGUCCAGCUAUGCACAGAACUUACCUGGAUGGACGGGAGCAAAGUUGGCUCAGCUGGUCCAAGAGGCUGCACUUGUAGCGGUGAGGAAGGGGCAUGAGUCAAUUCGUCAGUCGGACUUGGAUGAUGCAGUUGAUAGACUUACUGUAGGACCAAAACGGGUUGGAAUAGAGUUAGGUCAUCAGGGACAAUGUCGUCGAGCCACUACUGAAGUUGGAGUUGCAAUAACUUCUCAUCUGCUUAGGCAAUAUGAGAAUGCAGAAGUUGAAUGCUGUGAUCGUAUCUCAAUCAUCCCUCGUGGUCAGACAUUAUCGCAAGUUGUAUUUCAUCGACUUGAUGAUGAAUCAUACAUGUUUGAGCGCCGGCCACAAUUGCUGCAUCGCCUUCAGGUUUUACUUGGAGGGAGGGCCGCUGAAGAGGUCAUAUAUGGACGGGACACAUCAAGGGCUUCAGUUGACUACCUUGCUGAUGCAUCUUGGCUUGCUCGUAAAAUUUUAACCAUUUGGAAUUUGGAGAAUCCAAUGGUCAUACACGGAGAGCCACCACCUUGGAGGAAGAAAGUUCAAUUUGUAGGCCCUCGGCUGGACUUUGAGGGAUCACUGUACCACGACUAUGACCUAAUUGAACCACCGGUGAACUUCAAUUUAGACGAUGAGGUUGCGAAAAGGACUGAAGAGCUGAUACAUAAUAUGUAUGACAAAACACUUUCUUUGCUUAAAAGGCACCAUGCAGCCUUGCUUAAAACUGUGAAGGUUCUUCUUGAACGCAGGGAAAUUAGCGGCGAAGAAAUCGAUUUUAUCUUGAACAAGUACCCUCCACAGACACCCUUAAAGCUUCUUUUUGAGGAAGAAAAUCCUGGCAGCCUUAAGUUCCUCAAACAGGAACAGGAACGUGAGUUAGAGUAUGCCCUUCUAACUCAAUCCAAAGGAGAAACCCUAUGAUUAAAUGAAAGAUCCCAUACAUGGGGGCUCUCCGUGUUCUUUGUGUACCGUGCAUGCAUGAGGACUGCAUUGGCAGCUUCAUUGCCAUCAAGAGCGUGAAGAGCAUGAAUGAGAUUGUGUCGUGUAGUUUUGUUGUGUGCUACCCAGAAGGUGUAAUCUAUCUUUUGUAAUUCAAAGCAAGCCCAUUUUUCCUUUUUAUUGGGCUUUUUAUUUUUGUUAAUUUGUUUUGUUCUUGUGUUUGAUAGAUGUAGCUCAGCUGUAGUUAUUAGAAAAAGCCAGGAAUGUAAAGGAUUAAGAAUUCCAAAUU